AUGUCACUUGCCAGAUUUAAUUUUUUAGUAAGUUGUUUAAGAUUUGAUUCAAAAGAUACUCGAGAAAAUAUAAGACUUAUAACUAAAUUUGCGCCAAUUUCGGAAGUUUGGGAAAUUCUUAUUAAAAAUUGUGAAACUUUAUAUAAGCCAAGUUCAUACUUAACUAUUGAUGAACAGUUGGUUGGUUUUAGAGGCCGAUGUCCAUUUAAAAUGUACAUUCCAUCUAAACCAAACAAGUAUGGUGUAAAAAUAAUAAUGAUGUGUGACAAUGAGACCAAAUAUAUGAUAAGCGCAUUGCCGUAUUGUGGUAAGGGAACUGUUCCAACUAAUGAACCUGCUGCUAAUUACUUUGUUGAACGUUUAAUUUCAUCAGUUAAAGGAUCCAACCGAAAUAUUACCAUGGUUAAUUUGUCUACUAGUGUUCCAUUGACACAAAAAUUACUUGCAGAUUACGAACUUACUGUUAUUGGAACAAUAAAACGAAAUAAACGAGAAUUUCCAAAUGAAUUCAUCGAUCUAAAAUAUAUCAAUCGAAAAGCAUAUUCAUCGUUAUUUUUAUUUGCCAAUAAUUUGGUAGCUGUGUCAUUCAAAGCAAAACCAGACAAACUUGUAACUUUAAUUUCUUCACUUCAUGAUGAUAACACAAUAGAUGAAACAAAUUAA